AUGGCUUUCGCAGGUCUCAAAAAGCAAAUCAACAAAGCAAAUCAGUAUGUCACGGAGAAAAUGGGAGGCGCCGAAGGCACGAAAUUGGAUUUGGACUUCGUGGAAAUGGAAAGAAAAACGGACGUAACGUGCGAGCUUGUAGAGGAACUACAGGCGAAAACGAAAGAAUUUCUCCAACCAAAUCCCACGGCUAGAGCGAAGAUGGCAGCUGUUAAAGGAAUUAGUAAACUUAGCGGACAAGCUAAGAGCAAUACCUAUCCACAACCCGAAGGCGUGCUGGCCGACUGCAUGCUUCACUAUGGAAAGAAACUUGGAGAAGACAGCAUCUUCUCACAAUGCCUGAUUGAGAUGGGUGAGGCGUUAAAGCAAAUGGCAGAUGUAAAAUAUUCUCUCGACGAUAACAUCAAGCAAAGCUUUCUGGAACCCCUGCACCAUUUACAGACCAAAGAUCUUAAAGAAGUUAUGCACCACCGAAAGAAACUGCAGGGGCGCAGACUGGACUUUGAUUGCAAACGCCGUAGACAAGCCAAAGGUGCUCACAUUCCAGACGAGGAGAUUCGACAGGCGGAGGAGAAGUUCGCCGAGUCGCUGCAGCUUGCUCAGAUCGGCAUGUUCAACCUCCUCGAUAACGAUGUGGAACAAGUGGCACAGCUCACUUUCUUCGCGGAGGGUCUCUUUGAGUAUCACCAGCAGUGCACGGAGAUCCUCAAGGGACUCGUGUCCACACUCAUGGAAAAGAAAGAGGAAGCAGUGAACCGUCCGAAGUUGGAGUUCGUACCGAAGACGUUAGCUGACCUCCACAUCGAAGGCGUACACGAUCUGCACAAUGAUGGCGGCUCGCACGCUGGCUCCCCGGACCACAAGCCGCCCUCCAACCUCGAGCUCUUCCCCGGCGGUGCCAACACGCAACGCUCCAAUCAGGCGUCGCCUUUGCCGUCGCCGGUUAAGUCACCCGCGCGAACACCUAUGGCGCCAUCGAAGACACCUUGCUGCACAGCUUUAUAUGACUUCGAACCAGAAAAUCAAGGCGAACUGGGAUUCAAGGAAAACGACGUGAUCACGCUGAUAAACAAAGUGGACGAGAACUGGUUCGAGGGCUCCAUCAAUGGCAAAACCGGCUACUUUCCCAUCAGUUACGUGCAGGUCACUGUACCACUGCCAAAUAUGUAA